UUUCUUUCAGUUCCGGCUGUAGACUUGCUGCUCACAUAGGCUGCUUUCUUUAUCGCACAAUAAAUGCAUUUUCUAUCCAGGGAGGUUCUAGUUGCAGUUUUGGAGGCGUUUUUUUCACGAAUUUGACUUAAGUUAUUGUAAGGCUGAAUCGAUUUGGAGACAAUUCAGGGAACCACGAUGUGGGCGAAACUGAUGUUCAUUGCGUGGCAGCAUUUUAUUUUUUCCUCAGCUAGUGACUCGACUGCGCACAAAACAACACAAACAGGUUUUUCAACAAACGUCGGUACAUUUCUAUCAGAAAAUUCAUCUACCACUUUUAGCUCCGCCACGCCUCUCGUCAGCUUGCAAAACGCACACAGUACAGAAGUAAGUCGCAAUUCGGAAGACGGUACCGCGACAAAUUUUACAUCCUUUCCCUACAAUCAAAUAUUUUUCUCAAAUGCAAGCCACUCAACUCGUACUGUGCUCUCCACCACUGCGGCAACGAACCUCACUUUUCAAAACAGCACAGCUCCUAAUGUCGCAAUCGCGCCGAUCACAAUAGCUCCCAAUGCAACUUAUAACAGUUCAGUAACAGUAACAAGUUACUCACCCAACGUAACAAAUAGUUCAGUAGAAGAAGAGAUUACAACUAAUAUAACCGAUAGUCCGAUGGUAAAUAGUACGACCCAGCCAACUUCACUGCGCGCUUUGACCGGCAAUACUUCUUUCACAAGCCAGGAGCCAACUUCCUUUACAACUAGCAUUAAGUACAGUGAAGCCACUGCAAUUCAAGUCUCUACUACUACCUUUACACACCCUGAUGCUUCUAUCACCCUUGUAUCAUCUUCGAGCAUAACUCCUCUACUAAGCAAGAAUCAUUCAAAUACUAAUGGGGAAAGAGGACAUGCAUCUGCAGCUCCAAGCAAAACAGGGACAGUAAUUGCUGCAGUGUGUUUGAUUCUUGUUGCUGCUGCGUUAUUGGGAGUGCUGAUGUAUUUGAAGAAAAGAAGAGUAUUCUAUAGCCGACUACAGGAAGACAAUCCAAUUGGAUCUUGGAGCAAUUACAAUAACCCUGUAUAUGAGGAUCCAUAACAUUAAAUCAAGAAACCACUUGGCAAGAAAUUACAUGGAUCUUUAAAUAUAUUUCCUUUUGUCUGAAACUUAAAAAAAACACAAAAACGGUGAACUUAAUCUUGGGUGUCAGCAGUAACCAGUUUGCAUCCACAUCACUUUUUAUUUGUUCUGUUGCUUAUUUUGCAUCUCUGCCAAAGACAAAAAUUACCCAUCGGUACUUUGUAUUUGUAAUUUCUUUAUAGGAAUAAAUUUCAGUGUUUGUCACAAUGUUUGAGUCAAUGGCAUCAAGUAUAUAUAUGAUAAAAAUAUUAACUUACAGUGUCAAGGGCUCACGUGCAGCCUGAGUUAAUACUCCAUAAAUUGAUCUUGCUUGCUUAUAUUUAGAAAUUAUAGAAUCCAUUCUCUCCAAAUCUGCCAAAGCAGGAUAUUAGCUCAAUAUUGUUGAAAUGCACUUUAUUUUCUGCUAAUGCAGAUUAUUUUGAAGUGCCAUAAUGAGGCUUUUUUUCACCUAACCAGAGUGGCUAUUGUACAUACAGAGAGCAAACUUGGCUCAGUACAAACCAAUAUAUGAGGAACAGCUCCUAUUACUGGGAGGAAUAUUAUAUUUCUAUGAAUUAAUAGUCUGCAACUUUUUAAGUUGUACUCUGAGCUUUGAGGCCAUUGUCAGUGUGGUAAACCUUGGAUGCAUGGUAUUCAUCCAAAAAGUUUCUUCAAUUAAGGGGACUUUUAUUUCAGGCAAACUUGCAGUUUACCAAUAUUUAAUAUAACAACAAUCAGAUAAUAUAUAUUUUAGGUUGACCUAGAAUGCUAAAUGUGGAUUCAAAAUUAGCGUGAAGCUGCCUUUAAAUUUAUUCCAGGAAAAUACCUCAGUAGGAAAAGAUCACUGUUAAAAAUUCAAACAGGAAUCUUGAUAUAUGCCUUUUAACAAUAGAUUUAUACAGAAAAAUGAAGCAUAGCAAUGCAUUUUUUUUGAAAUAUAUGCCAGACAAUCAUAACCUUCGUCAAAAGCAAGAGACAAGCAAUCAGAAAUUAAAACAGAGAUUGCAAAUAAUACUCAGGAUUUAUAUACAGAGAACUGAGGGAAGAGAUCAAGACAAUUAUUUUCAUUAACCUCUUUUGGAUUUCUUCUGUAAUAUACAGCAGGAAUUCAUGAGGCAUUUGGAUUGUGCAAAAUAACAUACAUUUAUUAUGUGUCACUGAAUUCAAUACUCUGCUUUGGAUUUUAAAGAAUAUCUAAAUGUGUUGUGAAAUAAUAUGCUUAGUAAGUGAUGCAUUUUUGAGAUAUUUGUUUAAUAGAUGUUCAAAUGUAAUAAAUUGUAUGUUCUCAACAUUUAAAUGUGAAUGUGUUAUUACUGAUUGCCUUGAACAUUACUGCUAGUAUCCUUGGAUAUCGUUGAGAGUACUGGGUUCCAUUUUCUUUAAUAAAAUAACAAAACCAUUUUGAAUAUUUUAACUCUAACAGCAUUGACUACAAUCACAGAUUCCAGAGUUUCCUUUGCAUUCAUGCCACCAAAGAGUGGAAACAUGAAGCUUAACAUUCAAAAAUGUUAUAAUUGUUCAACUCAAUCUUGAUGCAUUUAAUGUUAGCUGAUAAAACUUACACAAAAACACUCUAUCCUUUGAUAUUUUCUGGAUAGCAAUAAUAGAUUAUACAAUGCACAUCCUUUGUUCAUUAUAACUUAUAUCUUGAUAUUUCCCCAACAUUUUGUGGCCAAUCAGCAUGUUAUUUUCCUAUAAAAGUGUAGCUAUACUUAUCAAUAAUCAAUAACUGUUGUCUGGCAAUAUAUUUAUGAAUUUUAAAAUUAUAAAAAAAGGAUUCAGAAAUGUGCUCACAUUAUUAACAUUAAAAAUUAACUUUAUUGAAAAUAUUAUUGUUCAAUGUAUAUUUUCAACGAAAAUAAAACAAAAAUUCCACACUCCACACCUUUCCCAAACUCACUUUUAACCUUAAAAAAAUUUCAGUUUGUCCAAGGCUCUGUUUACCUCUGUCCUCGGAGAAGCACAAAGAAGAUUGACAAUGAUUCAUGCAUGGAAAAGAAGAGGAGGGGGAGAACUUAUUGGAAAUUGGAAAUAUCUAUGUU